AUGGAAUGGAACACUAUUCGAUUCAUCACAGGGUGCUCCCAACGGUGCCGCGCAAAGGAAGCCAAGCUGGACACUGUUCAAGUUAACGCAUCUUUGUGCUUGAAAAGUCCGUUUGUGCACGGUUGCGAUGGAUUGGAUGUUUGCACACCGUGGGUGACGACUGUGCUGGUUGGGAUGAACAGAAACACACCACCGCAGCAAGGUAAAAGGGCAGCAGUGCAACAUGAUAAUGGCACAGCUUGGCCAUUGGCGCAUGAAACACCUUCGAAUGUGCGCAGACUUGCAGAAUCGCUUGCCCAAAGGCACAAGGAGGUGGAUCGACUGGCGGGGAGUUUCCAAUUUCAAGGAUAG